AUGUUUUAUCAGACUUGGCACCAGAGCCUUCACUUCGCCGUCACCCACCAGAUCUUCAGCAAUGAGGAGCAGUUUAUCAUGACUUUGAGAGAAGAGAACACGGUAUGGGUAUCAGAACCAUUGCAAUGGCAUUACGAAGGCGACCCAGAAGAGACGAAACUAGCAUUCGCCAAAGCGUCGCUCUUUCUCGCCCACGCCCUAGACACCCAUCUCCCAAGUCUUUCGGGACCCUUUAAACCACAAGCUGCUCCUCCGGCAAUUGAUGCCAAGGUAAAGGUCAACGCACCUGGUAGCAACAAGGGCUCCCCGGAGCCUAGCGCAUUGCCUUCCAGUCACCCCAUGACGCUGAGAUCGGUGACGAAGAAGAUGCUAGAGAAAGCUCUACCAUCGGUUCCCGGGGAGAUCGUGUUUGGCGCAAAAGGAAUUCAUACUCUUACUUUGAAGUUGACUGCAAUGUCGCCCCAUCGGUACCCGUGCAGACAAAAGCCUCUGUAUGCCCUUGCGUUGUUCUCGGAGAAGCUGGGAUUGUCGGCCUUGUACAAAGGUCAGUUUGAGGGAGAGAACGUUUUUAUCAAGAUGGUUGUGGACGAUGAAAACUCCGAGCAGUCGCUCAUACGAGAGUUCUAUCUCUAUUCGGUCCUGUCUUCUCUCCAGGGAGUCCUGAUACCGAAGUGCAUCGGGCUUUUCCGCGUGGAUAAGUCCACGCAGAUUUUAGUUACCAGCGAUUGCGGAGUCCGACUGAAAUCAUUCAAACAGUUGGAUGACAUCCAAAGUCAAGCUUUACUUAAAAGCGUGAGGCAGAUCCAUGCCCUCCGGGUCUGUCACAACGACCUGGCUCCGAGGAACGUUGUCCAGGACGACAAAGGUAAGCUGACUAUUGUCGAUUUUGGCUUGGGGGAAAAUAGUCAUCGGUGUGAUGGAGAUUGUCUCGAAAUAUUGGACCUUGAAACACAACUUGGCGAACAUUUAUUAUAG